AUGGAGCACAGAGUAGUCGGACCGUCGGAGUCGGACGGCGCAGGUCCCUCGUCAGCCUUCACCCUCUCCUCUCAGAUCCCUGACCUGGAUUGGGGGCGUGGGCGGUUUGCUACGAAGAACACAUCGGGUUUCCUCGAACGUCGUGGGAAUGUGGAGAAGAGCAAGCCCCGAGUAUCGGGGAUCGCCAGGAUGGAGCUUGAUGUGCCUGCCGCAGCGCCGCGCUCCAUAGCCAUGCGUAGCCAUGCGGCCCUUGCAUUGGAUACUCCCAAUCUACUUCCUUCGCCCUUCGCCCCGGGUCGGAUCGGCCUGGACUACUGGGCGGCAAGGCUCGGCGGCGGAGGAGGCGGAGGCGACGAGGUUGUCGCCCAAGCCAGGCCAUCAGCGGUGAAUGUAGGUAGCGUGGUAGCACACCCCUCUGAGGGGAAAGAGUUCUUCAGGGCCCAACGUCGCGUCAAUUUGUCAAAUGUCUGCCGCUUUCUUUUUCCUCGUAGCAUUGUCAACCCGUCUGUGUCUUCCGCAUGUCGCAUCGCGGGGGUGGAGAGGAGGCCGACGAGAGGAUGGCUCCAUAGUCUCUUUGUCGAGAUGAGGGCCAUCUCCCUUUCACGCACGCCCCCGCUCUGCGAUCCCGACUUCCGCGAGACCGCGUAUAACCCUGCCGGGGAUUUUUGCCAUGCAGCAAUGGCGAAUAACUGGCGAACCACUUGUCCUGCCGCGCCCUGGAGCCUGUCAUUGAAGGGUGAUAAGAGGGCUGUGACUCUCGCUUCUUUCUCUAUCAUUGGUUACCGAGCCCUCGGGUCGAGACUAGGGAUUGAUGGGUGUCUUGGUCCUGGUCCUGGGAUGAACAAGAACCACACUGGCUGGUUAGCUAGCCCAUGGACCAUGGAGCAGGUAGUUGGACUCGAGACGAGGUUGUUGGGCCCCACUGCCCUCUCUUGCACCCUCUUCGUGCCUCUUUCUCAAAGGCUAGGGGGUCAGACUCGCAACUGGAACUGGAAGAAGCCAUCGUAUUCUGCAUAUGUCCUCAAGGCGGGGGUGCCCUCGUCGGGAAUCUGUAUAUCUUGGCGGCGCAGCGCACAAUACGGCCUCGUUAAUGGCCCCCAUCUUUUUUCUACUCGAGGCAUCGAGCCAAGAGAACCGGCAAGCCACGAAGCUGGGCGCGAGCUGCUGACUGGUUCCCCGGAAGCCGCACGGCAGGCCGGAUCUGUCUUUGCAGGACUGUCGACCCCUCGAGUGGCUGGUUUGACAAAGAAAACCCGCAGUCGCACGGUCAUAUGGCCAACGGUUGAGGGUGUCAUGGUCUGCAUAACAGCUGAGGCGCAAGACUGGCAUAGAUGUGAGCUGUGUGAGACUGUGAGGAAGGGGGGGCCCAGUCCAGUCAUCCAAGAUUCCCAAGCAAAAGCCACGCUCAAAUUAGAUGCCGCUGAGCGAUCCAGCUUCUUUGAUGUAGGCCCAAUGUCUGGGGCACAUCUUGUUGUCACCGCCCCCCAAGUCGGAGUUGACGAGAGUCCGCCAACACCAAAUGAUGGCCUGUCUGGUACAAGAGGAAAUCCUUCUUACCCCCCUCUCCGACCUCUUGCAUUCCUCUUUGCGGAAACACCUCGCCGCCUCGGACACUUCCUCCGCUCCGUCCAAGAGGUCCGCCCAACGCGACCGUCGUUCCCUCGAAUGAACCCCCCUGGUCUGUCAAGGCUUGGGUCUCGAGUCACCAGCGCGAAGACUGUCACUAGAAACACCCAAGUGGCAACGGCCAACAAGCAACGACAACUCGCAACCUUUGCCCUCUUUCAAGCUUCCCUUGGGUCGAGUCCUGCUGAGGAGACAACUAGUCUAGUCCAGGGCCAGCAGUGCGAGAACCCCGCGCCAACGGCUUCGAAUCUUCGGAUAAGUGAUCGGGGGAACAAAAGAUGUCAAACGGCACUCGUUGGUCGCUCAUCCCCCACAUGUGCCAAUACAGUCGAGCAAAAGGUGGUGUCGACUGGCUGCGCGUUGAGCACCUCCAACGGUCUAUCCACUGUCAUUGCAAAGACGGUUGCGAGACAGGCAACUAUACCCUGGCUCUCGGGUUUGGUGGGGGCAGAUCCCGCCGGAGGAGACACGCGUGCCUGUCCAGGACUCGACUUUUGUUCGUUGGUCCAACAAUCCAGAUGGGGCCCGCGGUACAGAUACGGCGGCACAGAUACCAACUCGCCAGACCUCUUUGCGUUCAAACAUGAGGGGGGUGCUUCCACAAGUCCUGGACUCCAGCUUGAUUAUCGCACACCACCGUGGCUCGCCGAGGACUUAUUCUACCAAGAGCCGCUCGUCACAAAAUCGAGACUUCGAUGGCUGAAUUUUGUGAUAGAUCCUGGAUCUCUGAUUAUCGAGAUGGCAGUUCUGACGAGUUCCCGGCCGUUUUUUUCGCUCUCCUUGCCAAGUACGGACCCAGCGCCCAGAAACCGUGUCUGCAAUGCCGUCCACCGCGAUUCGGCUCUCCCACACAUGAGCACGGGAUCCGUGCUAAAGGUUGAGAUCACUGGCUUCUGGGUCACGCAGAUGAAGCUUGAGUGCAACUUCAAAGGAACAUGUAUACAUCGCAUCUUAUGCUUCAUUGCGUUGCACAGCGGCGCGGGAUCGACAUCCUCGAAGGAAAGCCGCAGGCCCCUCGGCCCAUAUCUAUGGCUCCGGUCGAGUUUCCGUGCCGCGCGGGGCCCUCUCCUGGGAUAUGUGUUUGAAUCUUCCCGUCUGAUGCGCAGGCCGCGCUGGCGAGGAUCGUCAACCGACAGCGUGCAGAGCAACUACUCGAACACACGGCGCCAUCGGCUUACAUUGUCGGGUAUCCUUGAACAGCCUGCAGAAGUCUUUUGA